AUGACUAGCCCUGAAUUCAGCAGCCCUCUACGCAAGUACAAACUCGUCUUUUUGGGUGAACAAAGCGUUGGCAAGACCUCGCUCAUUACUCGCUUCAUGUAUGACUCUUUCGACAACACGUAUCAGGCAACCAUUGGUAUCGAUUUCUUAUCGAAGACUAUGUAUCUUGAAGAUAAGACCGUGCGCCUACAACUUUGGGAUACUGCAGGCCAGGAACGCUUCCGUAGCUUGAUCCCUAGUUACAUCAGAGACUCAUCCGUUGCUGUCAUUGUCUAUGAUAUCUCAAACCGCGAAUCGUUUGUCAACACGACCAAAUGGAUCGAUGACGUGAGAGCCGAACGUGGCAACCAGGUGAUCAUUGUCCUUGUGGGUAACAAGACCGAUUUGAGUGAAAAGCGUGAAGUGACACCUGAAGAAGGCGAGAAGCGUGCCAAAGAUUUGAAUGUCAUGUUUAUAGAGACAAGUGCCAAGGCUGGCCACAAUGUGAAAACAUUGUUUAGAAAGAUCGCUCAGAAUUUGCCAGGCAUCGAUUCCAACGGUGGUGAUCAAAAGGAACAAAUGCAAAAGGUCAAUCUCAGCUCCACCUCUUCCGAGUCAAGCACUUGUGCAUGCUAA